CCUUUUCUUCCAAAAUGUAAACAUGGCAGCAGUCUGGCAACAAGCACUUGCCUUAGAUGCAAAAUACAACGCCUACAGGACACCAAAUAAUCCCCAGUUUAGAACCUUAUACAUCCGAAGAAGAAGCCAACUUCUAAGAGAGAAUGCCAAAUCAGGUCAACGAGAUCCAGCUGUUCGCAAGGAAUACCUUCACCAAAGGGCACAGCUGUUGACUUCUCGAUAUGGAAGUCCAGCAUUUUCUGACCAGGGGAGUAUCAGAAGCAGGUCAUUCAGCAUCAGAAGCAUAAGUAGAAACACAAUGGAGAGUUUUGACAACCUAGUGAUUGGAGUAGAUGGGAAGAAGCACCACAGACGCCACCAGAGCGGUGGGUCCUUUAAGCACAUGUACGAGGGGCCAAUGAAGCGUGUGUAUGACAGUAUAGAAGUGGUGCCCACACGAGAGGCUGAAGCCAGCAGAGCAAUGGCCGGAGGUAAAACAGUGUCAGAAAACUACGCUUUUACAGGAAUGCAUCAUAUAUUUGAUCAGCACAAAGAAUCAGUGACAAGUGUCAAGUUUGCCAAUGAUGAUAAGUCGCGAGUAGCAUGUUCAUCACUGGAUGGUUCCUUGUCCAUCUGUCAGGUCAUUCCUCCUCCGGCCACGGUCAUCUGUAUGUUGAACGGCCACUCGGCUGGAGUUACAGAUUUUGUUUGGUCUCUGUCCAAUGAUGUGAUCUUGUCUGUGUCGCUUGAUGGCACGGCCCGACUGUGGGAUGUGGCUGCGGGGAAGUGUAUGCGAGUCAUCAACGACAGCAUGGGGGCGGAGCUACAUUGUUGUGUGUUCCAGCCCCUCAACAACAACAUGUUUGUGACAGGUAACGGUAAAGGCCAGGUACAGAUGAUGAACGUGUCUACAGGUAAAGGAAACAAGGGAGGAAGCAGUAAAGUGACAGGGAAGGCGAUGGCUUUGGCCUUUGAUACCACGGGACGUAUUCUGUGGGCAGGCGAUGACAAGGGCUCCAUCUUCUCUUUUACGGUAGAUGUGGCUACAGGCAAACUCACGAAAACACGGAGAAUCACAGUAAGUGAUGGCAAUGCCAUCACCAGUAUCUCGUCACGCUCCUGGAUCAGCCGAGAGGCACGUGAUCCUUCACUUCUCGUCAACAGCUGCAUCAGUGCUAUGUGCCUUUUCAAGGUGGUGACAGAGGAUGGUGGUUUACAGCUGAAGAAAACAUUUCCUGUGAAACAGAAAAAGUGUCAUAUCCGCAGUGCUUUUUGUCCUCUCAUGUCUUUCCGACAGGGGGCCUGUGUGGUAUCUGGCAGUGAAGAUAUGUGUGUGUACUUCUUUGAUGUUGGUAAGGACAACAAACCGUGUGUGAACAAACUUCUUGGCCACUCAGCUCCUGUAUUGGACGUGUGUUUCAACUGUGAUGAAAGCCUGCUUGCCUCCUGUGAUGAACUGGGUAUGGUGAUCAUCUGGAAACGAGAGGGAAAGCAGGGAAUGCUUUAAUGGUCACGUGCCAUUCCAUGCUUUUCAUGUUACAUUUCCUUAGUCUUACCUAACACUGAUGGUUCAGAUGCUCUCGGAAACUAAAUUUUCCUUUAGCUUAGGUAUUCUUGCUUAAUCGUACCAUUCAAGAUUUUCCCUGAAGUUUAUUAUAUUCACUCUUAAAUGUUAUCCGACCAUUAUUACUGUGUCAGUGAAGUACAGGUGAAGUGAAUCCCAAUAACAGUGAUGUAAGCUCCUACCACAGUAUCUCCAGGUGUCAAAGCCUUAUCUUAUUCUAUUCCCUUACUGAUACAUGCUUGCGUCACUGUUCUAUAACACUGUGGUUGUGGAGUACUUAAACAGGAUGUUUGAGAACACUGCAAGGGCUGGAGCCAUUCACUUGUGCAAUAACUGAGAUGACCAAUUUGUCCACAAGCUCAGCCUUGUGAGCUUAGGAAAAUGUUAAAUAUGAUUUUGUUAUAUUAUUCCAAAUGUGUUGAAUUCUAAUUUAAAUCCUUCAUAUUAACCACAUAUCAGAUAUUGAUUAAUAAUGUUGAGUAUUUAUUUAGAGGAUAUAAUCCAGUGUUAAUUAAGGUUUCAUUGCUAGCCAAGAUCUGAAUAUUUCUACAUAUUUGCCAUUGAUUGCAUUAAUCUUUUGUGUGACCUUAAAUAGUUAAUUAAGGAUUGAAAUGCAUCUUUUUAAUAUUUAUGAUGGUAUGAAAAAGUUCCGUUCAAACAUAUUCAUGAAGCGCAGUAGUACAUCUUGGAGAGUAUGUUUGAAUGGGACUAUGAUAAUACUAUAAUAAUAGUCCUUUUUAAACAGAUACAUUUCAAUCCUUAAAUUUACAUUCAAAAAAGCAAAGAUGAUAUAAUUUUCUAUCUAUCUAUAUGUUAUACUCCAGAGAGACCAACAUGGCUUUAAUGCGGAGGAUUUAUCCUUCUUUGUAGUUUGAUUCAGUUCAAAAUACACUUUAUAUUAACCGUUUUAUAAUCUAUUGGUAGAUCAGCCAUUUUUGUUGGAACAAGGUCAUGCUUUCUAUGAAUACCAGUUCCGUCCAGCGGCAAGUGUUAACCAGAAAUGAUUCAGGUUUCCAUUACAUUUGAAGUUGAUGUCACGUCAUAAUUGGUCUCCAAUUACUCCAAUUGUUUGAUGGAAAGACGCAAAUAGUUUCUUAUUGGAAAAUAUUCACAUGUAAUAUGUUAUAAUAUAUUAGAUUUUAGCAACAUUUUUGGUUGAUGUAUUUAUCACAGAAAAUGUAAUUAUUCAGGAGUUAAUUACAUGUCGAUAUAAUGGAACUUCAUACUUUUUUGUAUAAACAUUGGUUUUCCUGCUACUGAUAAAUGGGAAAAUUUAGUUUGUAUUUUAGACUUGUAUUUUAAGCACAAGGGGGCUAAUUUGACACACAUACAAGCAUUGAUGUAGCAGGUAUUUCCCUGAAUAUUUUUUGUUUUCCUAAAUGUGUAAUCUACAAAGAUAGGAACACUAGUACAAGUGACAUUUCUUUCAAGUGCAUGUGUGAUUGUACACAAUGUAUUAAUCCCCCACUUUCUAGGACAGCAAGUUAAUGUGUCUGUGUAUAGAAGCUGAAGGGGGGUGUCCUUUGUUUUAUAAGACUACUUGUGAGGAGGUGGCCCCUUGUUUUAUAAGACUACUUGUGAGGAGGUGGCCCCUUGUUUUAUUAGACUACGUACUAUGAGAUUCUCUAUACAUUCCCCUGCUUUGAUAUGUCAUAGUGCUACAGUUCUUCACAUUCCACUUUGUCCAAUAACGGAAUAUUUUAUUAAUAUAUAUGUGUACAUACUGUAUGCAGAUUACCUACAACUAAUAUUUUUUGUUGUUUCAAAAUUUUCUUUUCACAACGGUUCAAGAUUUAAUACGUUUGAAAUUCAGAUACGAUAAAAGUGCUGAAGUUUACUUAAAAGGAGCUACACUCGUAUACUGUGUCUGCUUGGUAAUUACUUUAUAUAGAGGUUUUAAUCAGCAUUGGUAAAAUAAGAUGUUUGCUCCUUUUAUAUCUUAUUCCUCACCAUAAUUAUUGUUUGAAUUAAGGGGGAAAAUGCCAUGUUUUAUUGAGCAGAUGAUUGAUACAAGUGAUGUCCUGUUUUCAAUGUUGGGUGUUAGGUACAGUUGCCUUGUCAUGUUGCUCAAGGUAUGUACAAACAUAUACAAAAAUGUACGUGCAAUAUUAACUAUUGUGAAUCUAUUGUUAUUGUUGGUUUUAUGUCGGCUGUGUGUGCAUACUAGAGAACGUUUGCCGUAUUUUAAUUUUAAUUUUUACCCCUUUAUAUUGAGAGUGAAUUUUUCACAGUGAAUAUAUAUACCCAACAUAAUAUCUAUUGUUAUUGAAUGUGAAGAGAAAAAUUAAUGCUUGGUGAAAAUAGAUUUUACUGGUGAAGGGCAAAUAUUUAACUGGCAAAACUUUUCUGGUAUGCAGUAUAACUUUUAUUUAAUGCAAAGCAUUGAAGUAUCAGGAUUAUACAGGUUCUGCUAAUUCAUCAACACAUGGACAUACUACACAGGAAAUGUCAAGGACAGAAAGAUGUGUGUACAAGGCUUUAGAUGUAAUGGGUUCAAAUUUAGUUUGAUAGGAAUGUCAAUUUAAUGGUUCAUUGUGUUAUAUUGAAAAUAGUUGUCAUUUGUAUAAGGGAAAUUAGCUCAAAAACUAUGAUAUUGCUACGUUUUGUAACAUAUAGCUACCUUGUGUGACCUACAUGUAUGUCAUAUAGCUACCUUGUUGUGACCUACAUGUAUGUCAUAUAGUUGCAUUGUUGUGACCUACAUGUAUGUCAUAUAGCUACCUUGUUGUGACCUAUAUGUAUGUCAUACAGCUACCUUGUUGUGACCUACAUGUAUGUCAUAUA